AUGGCUGAGCAUAACCUGGCAAUCAUCGGCGGUGACGGUAUUGGCCCGGAGGUAAUUGACGAGGGCAAGAAAGUGCUGGACUAUCUGGCCGCAAAUACCCCCGGCCUUACCUUCAACUACACAGAGUUUCCCUGGGGUUCCGCCUAUUACCGCGAGACUGGGCGAAUGAUGCCCGAGGACGGGUUGGACCAGGUCUCCGCCAACGAGGCCAUCCUGUUCGGCGCCGUGGGAGACCCGGACAUUCCCGACCACAUCACCCUUCAGGGGUUGCUGCUGCCGAUGCGCCGGGCUUAUGACCAGGGUGUCUGCGUCAGGCCAGCUUACCUCCACCCGGGGGUAACUUCUCCCCUGGCAGGCAAGAGUGCUGGCGGGAUCGAUCUGGUCAUCUUCCGUGAGAACACUGAGGGCGAAUACGCGCCCGUGGGAGGUCGCCUUUAUCCGGGCACGCCUCACGAGACCGUAAUGCAGACCAAUGUUUUUACCCGACGUGGCACCGAGCGCAUCAUCCGGGCCGCUUUCGAGUAUUGCGUCCGUCGCAACAGGCGGAUGAAAGUGACUUCGGUUACCAAGUCCAACGCCCAGGCAUUCGGCAUGGUCUUCUGGGACGAGGUAUUUCAGGUCGUUGCCGCCGACUACCCGCAGGUGGAAACCGAAUCCCUGCUGGUUGACCGGGUUGCGAUGGACCUGGUGCGUUGGCCCGAGGACUUUGACGUAAUGGUGGCCUCCAACCUGUUCGCGGACAUCAUUUCGGACAUUGCGGCGGUUGUAACGGGCAGCAUGGGCCUGGCGCCCAGCGCCAACAUCAACCCGGAGCGCGAGUACCCCUCCAUGUUCGAACCGGUGCACGGCGCCGCCUUCGACAUAACCGGCAAGGGAAUAGCCAACCCAUUGGCCACCAUCUCUGCGGUGGCCAUGAUGCUGGACCACUUGGGCGAAGCAGAAUCAUCGCGAAAGGUAGAUGCGGCGGUUGUCCGCAGCCUCCAGGAACGUAAGGUAAUGACCCCGGAUUUGGGCGGCACAGCCACAACAUCGCAGGUGGGUGAUGAGGUGGUCAGGUUGUUGUGGGAGGGGUAG